UAAAAUUCUGUGCACUCAUCUGACAUCUCUCAAUCUAGAACACUCUCUCUCUAUAACUGAAUUCGCGAUAGAUCGAUGGCGGAAGAACUGCAACAACAGCAAUCGGAGGAAAUCGCUACGAUUCAAGAACUCAAAUCGUUGCCAGGUCUCACUUCUGAUGAGUUCGAUGAGCUAAAGCGAUUCAUAUCCGAGUUUCACACCUACAGAGUCAACUCCGGCCAAUGCUCUUCACUACUCGCUCAGCGUAUACACGCGCCACGAGAUGUCGUCUGGUCAGUCAUUCGUCGCUUCGACAAGCCGCAGAUAUACAAGCAUUUCAUCAAAAGUUGCUCUGUCAACGAAGGAUUCACUAUCUGCGUCGGAUGCACGCGCGACGUCAACGUUAUUUCUGGAUUACCGGCGGAGACCAGUACGGAAAGGCUUGAACUACUAGACGAUGAACGAUUCGUCUUUGGAUUCAGGAUCAUCGGAGGAGAACAUCGUUUGAGGAAUUACCGUUCGGUUACAACUGUACACGAGAUCGAGAGUAACGGCAAGAUCCAUACCGUUGUUCUUGAAUCGUAUAUUGUAGAUGUUCCUGAAGGGAAUACUGAAGAAGACACUCGUCUGUUCGCUGAUACGGUUAUUAAGCUGAAUCUGCAGAAGCUUGCGUCGGUGACGGAAGCGAUGGUUCGUGAUUCCUCCGGCGACCGCAAAUAAAUCGCAGGUGUGAAGUAUUUUGGUUUUUUUUUUACCUAUGAAUUCAUAAAAAAAAGAAAAAAAGAGGAGCGAUAGAAAAAUCUUCUUAAGAUCUGAAGUUUGAUUUCUUUGUUUCUUUCUUUGUUUCUCGUGGUCGUAUUGAUUCGAGUUUUGAAGAGAAUUUGUGGCUCCUUGUUUUGUUGUUUUGGGAUGAUAAUCUCUUUAGCACGCUUUGUUAAUCAAUUUGGUUGCCAACAGAUUCCCUUUUCCAGGCCUGUUGAAGUUUGGACAGGCAUUAUUAAUAUUGUUCUGUUCUGCUCUGUUCUGUACAGAAAUAUUCCAUUAAUGAGGGUUUUUUCUGCUGC